AUGAGUCGAUUUUUCACUUUCAUAUUAAUAGGCUAUCCACCCGAAGAAGCUGCUACAUUAGAAAAACUUGCAUACCGUCAAAACGUUGCACCUACAUUAUUUUUAGGAGCAUAUCUUCCCUCGAAUAUUUCAGAUUCUCAUUCGACACCUUCGGAACGACAAUUGAUCGGAUUCGUUGUAUCAACGCUUGCGAAUGCAUCAAUAAUAACUGAAGAAUCAAUGUCGCACCAUAAUCCAUCUGGAAAAACAGUUUGUGUUCAUUCAGUUUGUGUAGAUAAACUAUAUCGAAGGCAUGGUGUUGCUACUUGUAUGUUAAACGAAUAUAUCAAAAGAUUACGAAAUGAAUCUCAAAAUAAAGAUGUGAAUGUUAAAUAUGAAAGAGUUGUGUUGAUGUGCCAUGAACAUUUAAUUCCUUUAUAUCAGAAAGUCGGAUUUAUUUUAAAGGGAGAAAGUCAGGUUGUUCAUGGAAAUGAAAAAUGGUUUGAUCUUACGUUUGAAUUUUGA